AUGGCCUCUGCCACAGGAGUCCCUCAAGAACAUCCUCAGACCAUUGAGGCCAGAGAAGAUGAGCCAUUAUUGGGCGCUGCUGAAUGUGAGGUUGUCUGGCUUGAUACUGAUUCAUCUGCUGCAGGGACCGCCGCAAUUGCUCAGUGCGGCAUAUUGCUUCUUACGGCUCUCGUCUGGGCUGGCGUCUUCUCCCAUCCCUUGAUCUUCUUUUCUGCGCAUCCGCUGCUCAACUCCUCCGCUAUACUUCUCCAAGUACAAGCUGCUCUCAUCCUACAGCCAACUGCAACGCCGCAGCAGAAACUCCUAGGCACUCAAAUCCACUAUUCCCUGCAAGCUAUCAGCCUGGCUGCUUUCCUCACCGCAUUCACCAUCAUCGAGAUUAACAAGGGCGAUCAUCCGCGACUGACAUCGCUGCAUGGCAUCUUAGGACUAAUUACCUACAUCUGCAUCAUCCUCCAAGCACUGCUGGGACUUGUUCAGUAUUUCUUCCCUGUCAAGAUCCUUGGCAGUGCUGAUGCGGGCAAAAGACUGUACAAGUACCACCGCCAUUUUGGAUACUUGCUGCUUGUCUUGGAACUGGCGACCGUGUCAGCGGCAACCCAGACGACGUAUAAUGUGGCUGUCCUGCACACUCCGCUUUGGGGCGUUCUUGUUGCAGCGGUAUUAAUUGUCGCUGGAGUCGGUGCCAGGAUCAAGAAGCACAAGCUGGGCUUCUAG